CUGGGUAGCUGAGGCAGCCAGGGAGAGGGGUAGAUAGGAGGUGCGAAGUGAAUGAGGGAGGUGCAGCAAGGGGCGUCAAGUCAGCACGCAGCGGGCGUGGUCCGCCACUUGCGAGCUCGGGGGCGGCUACGGGCUAGGGUGCGUCGGGACCCCUGCUUUCCAUGGAGGCUCCCGAGCUGGGCCCGGGGUUGGUGGAGCGUCUGGAGCAGCUGGCGACGUGUCCGCUGUGCGGGGGCCCCUUCGAGGACCCAGUCCUGCUGGCGUGCGAGCACAGCUUCUGCCGUGCGUGUUUGGCGCGCUGCUGGGGGGCCCCGGCGGCGUCCGGCUCCGAGGCGGCGCCCCCUUCCUGCCCCUGCUGUGGCCAGCCGUGCCCCAGACGCAGCCUGAGGUCCAACGUGCGACUGGCAGUGGAGGUGCGCAUCAGCCGCGGGCUGCGUGAGAAACUGGCGGAGCCCGGGGCCCGGGCCGGGAAACGACGCGGCGGCCGCAUCCCCACCAUGGGUUGCCUGGAUCCCCACGGAGAGGAUAUGAGGAAGACAUGGAGACGAUUUGAUGUCCCAGCACCCAAGUCAUCUCACUCAGGGGAGGACCUCCCUGAAGAUUACCCCGUGGUAAAAAACAUGCUUCACAGGCUGACAGCUGACCUGACUCUCGAUCCUCGCACUGCACACCGUGAUCUGCUCAUCUCGUCUGACCACCGCGGCGUGAGUCUGGCUCCACCCGGAACACCUGCGCCGCUGGACAGCCCCGUGCGCUUCGAUCAACUCCUGGCCGUGCUGGGUGCGCAGGGAUUCUCGUCAGGCCGCCACUGCUGGGAGGUGGAGACCGCGGAAAGCGGUUCCUUCAGAGACUCUGCAGCGAAGGAUGAGAACGCAGAAGAGAGCAGUUAUGCCGUGGGCGCUGCCGGGGAGUCCGUGGCGCGCAAGGGCCUCAUCAAGCUGUGCCCAUCCGAGGCUAUAUGGGCCGUGGAAGGCCGUGGCGGCCGCUUGUGGGCGCUCACGGCCCCGGAGCCCACUCUGCUAGAUGGCGCCAGGCCCCCGCCGCAGCGCAUUCGCGUGGACUUGGACUGGGAGCGGGGCCGUGUGGCCUUCUAUGACGGCCGCUCAUUGGACUUGCUCUUCGCCUUCCAGGCGCCGGGCCCGCUCGGGGAGCGUGUCUUCCCGCUGCUCUGCACUUGUGACCCCCGCGCCCCGCUGCGUAUCCUGCCGGGAGAAGCCUGAGUCUCGGGUCUCUAGCUCCUACCCUAGCCUAGUAGUCCGAUGGCCUCUUGGCUACUUCUGUCAGGUGCAGAAAUCCCCACCUAGUUCAGUGACCUUGUCCGUGCACCAAUCGGAGCAGGAGUAUUAAUAAACACCCUUUGCCCACUCACAUUCUUUCUCCCAAAUCAAAACCUCAACUGGCUUGUACAUCCGUGCCUUUAAGCCAGUCUACUCCUGAGUCUCCAUUACCUAAGACAUUUUUCUUGAGUCCUCUUUCUGUACCAUUCUAGACCAGGAUAGAGAAAGAGGCUCUGUUUGUACUACCAGUGUUGGGAAACAGUCCUAAUUUACCUCCAAUCCCAAAAGGCUCAGGGCAUGAUCCACAGCAGGAAGGCUGGAGCUUCCUGCUCAUUUCUACUCUGAUUCUCCUCAAAAAUAAAUAAAAAAUAAAAAUCCUCCUAAAACAAGACACUUAACUCGUAGCCUAAGCCACUCAGCUCAGACCUGAAGCCUAAAACAUAAAUUUUUGGGAUGUGUAUGCAAGCUAGUCUACACUCUACCUUCAUUUAUGACUGUUUCCUAUGCUCGUGGCCUUUUCCCAUUGAACACCCUCUUGGAACUUUAUCUUGCACAUAAAAGAACUAAUGGUGCUACCUCCCUUCUCAACCCAGGAGCAACUCAGGCAUCCCAAACAUUCUGUAUAGUCCCCCAUCCUUCCCUUGUGUAUAAAUGGGCCUGUAUUUAACACGUUGUGCAAUGUUGGGUUAUUUAUUUUGUGCAUCUGUGGCAAUAAAUGAGAUCUAAGUGGU